GAGGAUAUACAGGGAACAGCAGCAGCAGCAGCAGCAAAAGCAGCGAAAGAUGGUUGUGAUGUAAAAACCGAGCCCAAUGGUGAAAUCCGUGCAGCAGCAGCAGAAUCGGGUGCUGGGGCAGGGGCUGUGAUAUGCGCCGGGGAGGGGAGGCAUGCCCCCGUUUUGCUUGUGUUCUGCAGGGAGAAUUUAACAGCAGAGGCAAAGGGGGGGCUCGGAGACUGCUGGAUAAAGCUGACAGCUGCCUGCUUCUGCCUCCUUUGUGUGAAUCUCCUGAGGAUAGAAAUGAUCCAUCCGGCACCCCUCCUCUGUGUUUCCUAGUGCCAUGGAGAAGGGUGCAUCCCCUGCUGCUCUGACCAGCAAUUGCCAGCGCAUUUCGCAGCAUCACUGAAUCGCAGGGGGCUGAUGGACGUAACCAUGGAUUUUGCACGGAAAACAUCACACUGAUCCAUCCUCCGAUCCCCGGCCGGACUCUGCCAUUGGGUUAUUAUUGUUAAUUAUGAUGGUACCCUCCCUAAGAAUAUCUUUUAUAUCUCGCCGAGCUCUCGUUUCAUUGGCUCUUAUUUAUCUGUCGGCGCAGGAUCCGGGGCUUUUGGAGGAAUGAAGAAUCUUGUGGUUUGACUGAAAACAAAGAGAAUAAACUGCCCCCCCCCACCUUUAACCUGUGGAGUCGUUAUCAGCUGGUAAAUUUGCAUGUGCCAUACCAUCAGUCUGAGGAGCAGCCGGGACUCUGGGGGGCAAUGCACAUCCAUCACAGUUCUGAUGGUUAGGAAUCCCCCCUCACCUUCUGUUUAGGAAUGGCACCUUACCCCCCUCCUGACGCCUUGGACCCAAUGAUCAGGGGCGCGUGUAAGAAAUGAAUAUAGAUUUGGGUGCCACUUGCUUCUAUCAAUUUGGAAGCGGCUCUGGAUUCCGGCCUAUAAAGCCGGUGUGACGCUUAAAGGCCAAAUAAAAAAAUAAGGCCUUGCUUAAAAUGACAGACCUUUUUUUUAUUUUAAACUCAUCGUUACCCCUUUUUGAGAACUUUAUUUACUGCCUUUUUCUUUAAAUUAAAGCAGGCAAUACCCAGGAGCUGUAUGGAGAAGAUGCCCCGGAACCGAGCCUUUUCCGAGCCGGAGUACUCUGCGGAAUAUUCAGCGGACUAUUCGGUCAGUUUGCCGUCAGAUCCGGAUCAUGGGGUCGGCAGGACGCACGAGGUCACCGUACGGAGCUCCGGCUGUUGCCUCUGUUUGCCACGCUUUAUGCGCCUCACCUUUGCACCGGAGUCUCUGGAGAACCUCUAUCAGACAUACUUCAGGCGGCAGCGGCAUGAGACUCUGCUGGUCCUGGUGGUCUUUGCCGCCCUCUUCGACUGCUACGUCAUCGUCAUGUGUGCUGUGGUCUACAGCAGCGACAAACUGGCUUCUACUUUGGUGGCAACGGUGGGGCUUUUGGCUCAUCUCUUGCUCUUCUUCCUAUGCAAGUUUGGCUUGUUACCGGACCGCAUUUCCCGUAAGUUUGUCCCCUACAUCCUGUGGAUCUUGAUAGCUGCCCAGAUCUUCUCGUACUUGGGCCUCAACUUUGCACAUUUCCACGAGGCAAGUGACACUGUGGGCUGGCAGGCCUUCUUCGUCUUCUCGUUCUUCAUCACUCUGCCUCUUCGUCUCACCCCCAUUGUCCUCAUCACUGCGGUGUCGUGUGGCAUUCAUACCCUGGUGUUGGGCGUCACCAUCGCUCAGCAGCAGCAGGAUUCCAUCAAUGGAAAUGCCUUGCUACGGCAGAUCUUGUCCAACGUGGCCAUCUACCUGUGCAGCAUCAGCGUGGGCAUCAUGUCUUACUACAUGGCAGACCGGAAGCACCGCAAAGCCUUUCUGGAAGCGCGUCAGUCUCUCGAGGUCAAACUCAACCUGGAAGAGCAAAGUCAGCAGCAGGAGAGGCUCCUGCUGUCCAUCCUGCCCAAGCACAUUGCUGAUGAGAUGCUUAAGGACAUGAAGAAGGACCAGCAGCAGAAGGAACUUCAACAGUUCAACACCAUGUACAUGUACAGACAUGAGAAUGUCAGCAUACUCUUUGCCGACAUCGUUGGAUUUACGCAGCUGUCGUCGUCCUGCAGCGCCCAGGAGCUGGUGAAACUGCUCAAUGAACUCUUUGCCCGCUUCGACAAACUGGCAGCGAAAAACCACCAGCUACGCAUCAAGAUUUUGGGGGAUUGUUACUAUUGUAUCUGUGGGCUCCCCGACUACCGGGAAGAUCACGCUGCCUACUCCAUAAUGAUGGGACUCGCUAUGGUGGAUGCUAUAUCUUAUGUAAGAGAGAAGACAAAGACAGAUGUGGAUAUGCGUGUUGGAGUCCAUUCAGGGACAGUGAUUGGAGGGGUCCUGGGGCAGAAACGCUGGCAGUAUGACGUUUGGUCUACUGAUGUCACCUUGGCCAACAAGAUGGAGGCUGGAGGAAUACCAGGAAGAGUCCAUAUAUCCCAAAGCACCUACGACUGCCUAAAGGGGGAGUUUGAGGUGGAGCCAGGGGAAGGAGGUACAAGAUGUGACUAUCUAAGAGAAAAGGGCAUCGUGACCUACCUUGUGGUGGUACCAAAGCAGCCAAUAAACAAGAACGGCAUCAACGGGGUGAAGUUGUCGCUGACUUCGUCCCACGGGAACUCUCCGCAGCUGAUCAACACCAAGGAAUGCAACGGCAGCAUUAACACCACCUGCACCACCCCAGAUGAGAAUGAGGAGCUGGACACCAGGGUUGUGAAUCCAUCUUUCCCCAACCCGCGCAGACGCCUGCGUCUGAGAGACUUGGCUGAGAGGGUCAUUGAUGCUCAGCAGAACGAGCAGGAACUCAACAAACUUCUCAAUGAGGCACUGCUGGAAAGAGAGACCGUGCAAGUCCUUAAAGGAAAAUACACCUACCGCCUGUCCAUGCGCUUUAUCAACCCAGAGAUGGAGACCCGGUUUUCUGUAGAGAAAGAGAAGCAGAGUGGAGCUGCCUUCAGCUGUUCCUGUGUCGUGUUGCUAUUCACAGCUAUUGUGCAGAUUCUCAUCGACCCCAUGCUUGUUGCCAAUUAUGUGACCUUCGUUAUUGGUGAAAUCCUUCUUCUAGUUCUGACCAUCUGUUCGCUUGCAGCCAUUUUUCCCAGGGUCUUUCCCAAAAAAUUAGUUGCCUUUUCUACAUGGAUUGAUCGGACAAGGUGGGCUCGUAACACAUGGGCAAUGUCCGCCAUAUUUAUUCUUACAAUGGCAGAUAUAGUCGACAUGCUCAGCUGCCUGCAGUACUACAGCUCUCUCAAUAUGACGUCCCAUGUCCAAGAAGCUUGGGGUUGUGUUGAGAACCCCAAGUAUUACAGUUACAUUGCUGUACUGGCCCUAAUAGCCACCAUCAUGCUGGUGCAAGUCAGCCAUAUGGUCAAGCUAACGCUCAUGCUGAUGAUUACAAUUGCCGUCGGUGUGGUCAACAUUUACGCCUGGAGGCCGAUCUUCGAUGAUUAUGACAACAAGAGGUUCAACGGUUACUUGGCUUUCUUGGUUCCGUCCAAAUACUCCAUGACGGCCAUGAUUUUUGUCAUGAUGCUCAGCUUCUACUACUUUGCACGACACGUGGAGAAGUUGGCCAGAACAUUGUUCUUGUGGAAGAUCGACGUCCAUGAGCAGAAGGAGAAGGUUUAUGAUAUGAGGCGCUGGAACGAAGCUUUGGUCACAAACAUGCUGCCCGAACAUGUCGCUAGACACUUCUUAGGAUCCAAGAAAAGAGAUGAGGAGCUCUACAGCCAGUCGUAUGACGAAAUUGGGGUAAUGUUCGCGUCCAUCCCAAACUUCUCUGAUUUUUAUACAGAAGAAAGCAUCAACAAUGGAGGAAUCGAGUGCCUGAGGUUUCUUAAUGAAAUUAUCUCAGAUUUUGAUGCGCUGUUAGAUGAACCUCAGUUCCGUUGCAUCACAAAGAUAAAGACCAUCGGUAGCACGUAUAUGGCGGCUUCUGGGGUGACUCCAGAUUCCAACUCCAAUGGCUACAACAACACUAUAAAGAAAGAGGAAAUCUCUGACAAAGAGCGCUGGCAGCACCUUGCAGAUCUGGCAGACUUUGCCCUUGCUAUGAAGGUGACACUCAUGAAUAUUAACUACCAGUCAUUCAACAACUUCAUGCUUCGAAUAGGUUUAAAUAAAGGCGGUGUACUCGCGGGUGUCAUCGGAGCACGAAAGCCUCAUUACGACAUCUGGGGGAAUACGGUGAAUGUCGCUAGUAGGAUGGAGUCUACGGGUGUCAUGGGGAAUAUUCAGGUUGUAGAGGAAACGCAUGAUGUUCUGAAGGAAUACGGAUUCCGUUUUGUGAGACGAGGUCCCAUUUUCGUGAAAGGUAAAGGUGAACUGCUCACGUUCUUCCUCAAAGGACGGGACAAGCAAGGUUCCUUCAUCAACGGUUCUUCGGUCACCCUCCCACACCAAGUGGUGGACAACUCCUGAUAAACCACCAACAAGCCAAGAUGGAGGCGGCACAGAACCCAGCAGCCACACAAUCCAGUCAAUGCAAACCCUACAGGCAGAGAAGGAAGACUUUGCAAAUUGCUGUAGUUAAGGACAAAUAACAGUAAAAAUAUUUUUUCUUGAGUUGCCUUUUUAAACAUUUUUGCUUCAACUGCUCCGGCAUUACAGCUUUCUCGCCUCACGACGGAAACAAGAGUCCGUUCCUCUUCUGAAACGGAUACAUUGUCAUUCGCUGGUCACUGGAGUAGACAACCAGAGCCGAGAGUUGAUAGGAGACAAUUGAAGGCUACCGAAGUUGGAUAUUUGCAAUAAGAAUCCAUGCAACAAGUUGACUGGAACAUAAAUGGUGGACGUUCGAUAAUUCCACUGCUUUGUGGCUGGACAAGAAGAAGAAGAAGGCUAUGCCAUGAGUGCACGUGGGCAGGCCGGAGCUUUCAAUACGAGUACUGGUUAUGAAACGGACCAGCCUGGAGACAGGGCAAAUUCAUAGUGUGCAAUAUAUUUGGAUACAACGAAGGAAAGUCUAUAUAUAAAUAUAAGAUUCUAUCUACACACACACAAAGAAAAUCUACGUAUAUACAGUAUAUAUUUUUACUCGGUGGCCUGUAUUUCCCUUUCAAAUACAGCCUGCACCCCUCAAUGCUUUAUCUCCUUUCGCCCCAAACAUCCACAACAAUUUGCAGGUAACAAUCGGGACAGCCUCUCUUUAUUCAUUCUCAAUACGGAAAUAGAAUAGAAUCGGUCUUUUAUUGACGUUAUUUCUCCUGACCGACCCACAAAGAACUUUUUCCCGAUAUCCAUUUUCCUCGCAGGCCGUGGCACCGGGAUGGGGCACAUUCUCAGUGGCAAUAUCUUUCUUUUCCAGUGGGACGAACACUACGGUGACAGCGGCAGUCACAGAGAGUGGGUUCAGCGAUUGCCUCGUUGUUGCAUUCUACAAUAAUGGGGGCUCGAGUUUUUUUUUUUUUUGUCUAGAUCUAUAUUUUUACAGAUAUAAAUUGCUCUCUCCUAAUGAAGCGCUGUAGCUAACGCCAUCUGAACCUUUCCUUCUGGAAGAUAAACUCAUAUUUAUGCACAAGUA